ACAUAUCAACAUUGAGGCUGUCAAGGACUGACGCGGUUUUUGUUAUGAUGUAAAAUUAUUGAAAAUGAGUUCAAUACAGGAGCGUUUGCAAUUAAAGCGUGUGCCGCUGGACACGUGGAAUGUGAGGGAACAGCUAUGUCUAGCGUCGGCAGUCGUGAGGAGCGGCGAUCAGAAUUGGAUGACGGUUUCUCGGGCUCUUAAAACUGUCGGAGAAUCAAACAGGCCGCCGGACUGGUAUUCUCAAAAAAGUUGCGCCGCUCAAUAUGGAGCCCUAUUGGAGCACGUUGAGACACCGAAACGUAAGAAAAGAAACUCGGAGGGCGGAGUGGAAACACCGCAGGAGAGCAUCUUAAAACAACUAACGCAACAACGUAUACAGGAAAUACAGAACACAUUGACGGAAAUGAAUUCCCAGUACGAACAGUUGAAGAACGAAAUUAACGAAGUGCGCAACAACUCGACUCCGGAUGAAAGGAUCCAGGAGUUGUGGGCUGGUAUAGAGAGCGCCAAGCGAGCGAGGGAAAGAGACAGCGCUAGGCGGGCUGCCUGGCUGAAGGAAAGAGAGGAGAGACGGGCCAGGGCAGAGAGGACGUGGAGGCCGCAGACCACGUCACCGGCUGCUAGCCCCGCGCCCCCGUCUUCGCCUCUGCUGACGUCACUCCUCAAGUCCUCGCCCGUGGUCACAACGCCCCAGCACAUACCACAUCCGGCUAGUGUUGUGGACACGGUGUCCCCAUCAGCUGGUGCGCCGACACUCUCCCUGCUGUUGGAACUGCCUCAUGAUAACAAACAUGCCGCUAUCGAACACAUCAAGAGCCAGCUGGUUCAGAUAGAACACCAGCUGAAAGCUAAUUCCCAGCCUGCGGGCCCGGCGGUCCCGGCGGUCCCAGCGGUCCCGGCGGUAGAUAUAGAUGACAUUGAGAUAAAAGCUGAAGACGUCUAUGCCUUCCGAGACAUAGACAUCCACAUCCCACCCGUGACCAGCAUGCACAAGGCUAACGUGCGGGUGCUGGAGAAGUCGAAGAAAGGUGCGGAAGCUGAGCCCGUUGAUGUUGAGAACACAGAGGCACCCGUUGCUAUGGACUAUAAGGAGGAAACGUCAGUACAGGAGAGCCAAAAGGAAGAGCCGCGAACAGAGACGCCAUUACCGGAGGAAACCCAACCGGAAGUGAUAGAAGAGAAACAAGAGGAGCCGGAGAAAGAGGAAGUCAAGAUCAGCUUCCCGGAAGUCAAGUUCCCUACGCCGGAAAUAAAAGUUAUACAAGAUGAACAGAAGAAGGAGGAGGUCAAAGAACCAGAAGUCAAUCCAGAUGACAGAAUGGAAGAAGAUAACACAGAAGAUUUAGAAGACAAGCCUACGCAAACACAAGAAGAUAAUGCUAACGAAAGUGCUGCGGAAGCGGCCACAGCUGAACCUACGAUUGAACCUGUUGAGCAACCGGUCGAGCAAGCGGUUGAGGAACCAGUCGAGCAACCGGUCGAGCAACCAGUCGAGCAACCAGUCGAGCAACCGGUCGAGCAAUCGAUACCCGACAGUAUACCAGAUCCACAGGACAUACCACUGCCACCGGAAGAAGUUAAACCGGAAGUAGAAGCCGCUGAAGAACCACCACAGGAACCGGUUCCAGAAGCACAAGGAGAAGAUAUUAAAGCAGAAGACGUGCCAGAAGUUCCAGAAGAUAUCAAGAAGGACGCUGAAGAUAUAAAGAAAGAAGACGAUGAGGACUCAAUACCGCUGAAGGAGAUGCUGAAAGAGGAAUAUCAGGAUGAAAUUAAGUCGGAAACUGUCGAGGAGGACACGCACACGGAGACCGACGACGACACGCCGAUGGAGUUGAGUAGAGAAGAGGACAGAGACGGAAAGAAGAAAAGAGACUAUUCAAGGAAAAAGAAAUCAGAUUCGAGAACCUGUUCAGGUUCGGAGAGCGCUCCGGAGUCUCCGUCAGCGAGCGACGCCGAGCGGCAGCACAGGUUGUGGAGGAAAAGCGUCAUGCUGGUGUACAGCAGGCUGUGCGCACACAAAUACGCUUCCCUGUUCCUGAGACCGAUAACCGACGAGGAGGCGCCAGGGUACAGUGUGGUGGUCAAGAGGCCAAUGGACCUCACCACCAUACGCAGGAACAUCGACUCGGGAAACAUACGAACAACAGCGGAGUUCCAGCGUGACGUUCUUCUGAUGCUGUCCAACGCCCUCCUUUAUAACAGCAGCUCGCACAGCGUGUACAGCAUGGCUAAGGAGAUGCACCAGGAGGCUCAGUGUCAGCUCGCGAUGCUAGUGGCGGCCCAGGCCCACGCCGGCCUCAACCCCCCGCCCGCCAGGAAGAGACGCUUCCACGCGCACUCGUACAAGAGAAAUUAAUGAUUAUACAUAAUAACAUGUGUACAAUAAAAAAACUUUUGUUUCA